AUGGUGUGCAAAAAGUCUCUCGUUGACUGGCGCCCAUGCCGACGGUUAAACACCUCCACUGUGCCUGACAGGUAUCCACUUCCCCAUCUCUACGACUUUUCAGCUAGCCUGGUUGGAGCAACAAUAUUUUCCAAAAUUGACUUAGUCAAAGCUUUCCGUCAGAUACCCGUUGCUCCAGAAGACCUUCCCAAAACGGCGAUUACAACACCGUUCAGUCUGUUCGAGUUUGUCAGGAUGCCUUUUGGGCUACGCAACUCCGCUCAAACUUUUCAACGUUUCAUCAACGAAGCCCUCCGCGAUCUACCGUUCGUUUUUGUCUACGUCGACGAUGUUCUGGUAGCAAGUUCCAGUGAACAGGAGCACCUACAACAUUUGCGUCUCCUUUUUGAACGAUUGAGCCAAUUUGGCGUUUUCAUUAAUGUUUCUAAAUGCGUUUUUGGCGCACAGUCGCUGUUUUUCCUAGGAAAUCGCGUAGAUGCUUCUGGUUGUCAUCCCAUAGACGCCAAAGUUUCAGCUAUUCGCGAUUUCCUUACUCCCACUUCUUUUCAACAACUGCGGCGUUUUAUAGGCCUUGUCAAUUUCUAUCGACGUUUCAUCCCUCAUCGUGCUCAAUUAAUGCUACCACUUACUAACCUUUUACGCGGGAACAACCGUGAGUUUUCUUUUCCUGACACAGCUGUAGAGGCUUUCAAUCGUGCGAGGAAGGCUCUUGCGGAUACAACUGUCCUUGUUCACCCUAUACCUGAUGCCCCACUUUCCAUUGUGGCCGACGCCUCUAAUUUCGCUAUAGGUGCUGCCCUCCAGCAACAGACGCCCACUGGCACCCAGCCCUUGGCUUUCUACUCUGCCAAAUUGACACCCCCACAAACUCGCUAUAGCACUUUUGGUAGAGAACGUAUUGCAAUUUAUUUAGCCAUUAAGCAUUUUCGUAAUUAUAUUGAGGGCCGAGAUUUUUGUAUUUAUACUGACCACAAGCCUCUUACUUAUGCCCUCUCUACUUCUGACAAGUAUUCACCCCGCGAGGCCCGCCAUCUCGAUUUUAUUUCUCAGUAUACCACCGACAUUCGAUUUCUUAAGGGCCUUUAUAAUCAAGUUGCUGACUGUCUUUCUCGGCCUGGCAUUAAUGCCAUCACCCGCCCUUCCAUCGAUUUGGAGCGCAUGGCAGAACUGCAAAAUCAGCCGACUUUCAGUGAGAGCCUUCAACACACUAGUCUUCAACUCGAAGCCAUUCCUCUUUCCACCACCCCCGGUACAAUCUUGUGUGACGUUUCGCGCGGUGCCUCCCGACCCGUAGUGCCAAGCGAGAUGAGACGAGAUGUUUUUGCCGCGUUGCACAAUUUAGCUCACCCUGGCAUCCGCACUACCCAGCGCCUCGUCAGCGAGCGGUUCGUUUGA